AUGACGGGCAAAGCGGGAGACGCGCUCACCCACAGCCUACCCAGCAAACCCAAACCCGACAGCGCGGCCAGUCCCAGCUCCGGGCCCACCCCGCCCAGGUGCACCGGCUUCGGCAUCCAGGAGAUCCUGGGCUUGAACAAGGAGCCGCCCUCUCACCCCCGGGCUGCCCUGGACUCCCUGCCCGCCGGGCACCUGCUGGCGGCCCGCUCUGUGCUCAGCCCCGCCGGGGUAGGUGGCGUGAGCAUGGGGCUCCUGGGGGCGGGCAGCAUCCCCAGCUUCUACACCCAGCCCACCUUCCUGGAGGUGCUGUCCGACCCCCAGAGCGUCCACCUGCAGCCCCUGGCCCGGGCCCCCGGACCGCUGGACACCAGCCAGACGGCCAGCUCAGACUCCGAGGAUGUUUCCUCCAGCGACAGGAAAAUGUCCAAAUCCUCCUUAAACCAGAGCAAGAAACGGAAGAAGAGACGGCACAGGACAAUCUUCACAUCCUACCAACUGGAGGAGCUGGAAAAGGCCUUCAAUGAGGCCCACUAUCCUGAUGUCUAUGCCAGAGAGAUGCUGGCCAUGAAAACAGAACUGCCUGAAGACAGGAUACAGGUUUGGUUCCAGAAUCGUCGGGCCAAGUGGCGGAAGCGGGAGAAGUGCUGGGGCAGGAGCAGCGUGAUGGCAGAAUAUGGGCUGUAUGGAGCAAUGGUACGUCACUCAAUCCCGCUGCCAGAGUCUAUCCUCAAAUCUGCCAAGGAUGGCAUCAUGGAGUCCUGCGCCCCUUGGCUCCUGGGGAUGCACAAAAAGUCUCUGGAGGCAGCAGCUGAGGUGGGAAGGAAGCCGGAGGUGGAACGCCAGGCCCUGCCCAAGCUUGACAAGAGCAACAAGGAAGAGAGGGGCCCGGAUCCCAAAACCACCAUUUCCCAGGAGGAACUGAGAGAGAACAGCAUUGCUGCCCUUAGGGCCAAAGCUCAGGAGCAUAGCACCAAAGUCCUGGGGACCGUCCCUGGGGACCCCCCCACCCCAGCCAGGAAGCCAGAAAAAGAGGAGGAGGCAGCGUCAGAGGAUGAGAGACAAAUGGAGAAAUCAAACUCAUCACAAGAGGAGGAGAAGCAGAUCUAGAGGGAAAGAGAUGAUGGAAACCAGCCCCAAAGACUGUCUCCUCUGGGGGGCUGCAGCCUCCUCUCAGACUGACAGGGCCCCUCCGACAGCCCCUGCACAGGGAGUG